UAGGGAUUGCCGCAACAUGAUCGAUGCAUCAAUUAAACGAUUAUUGAAAAUCGAUUGACGCAAUGGCCCGACGCCUCAUACCAAUCCGUGGUGACGGCAAUUGUAUGUUCAGAUCAGUGUCUUACUGCGUGUACGGGACUCAAGAACGGCACCGGGAGAUCAGAAUGAGGGUCGUCGAUAGAAUAGUGGCGAAUUGGCAUUGGUACAAAGACUUCAUUAUCGGGGAUACGUCUUACGGAUGGAGAAUGCAGAGCUCGAGUGAUUAUCGCAGACAGAUGUCCCGCGACGGAGAGUAUGCUGGCCACGUGGAACUGCAUUGCGUCAGUGAGAUCUUCGGAGAUUACACCUUCAAAGUACACAGAGAUGGCUGCUCUAGAACCAUAGACUAUGGCAGGGGAAGAACCGUCAAACAUCUUUUGUUCUCGGGAUUUUUAGAUGCAGGACAUUAUAGUGUUUUGGAAUAUUAUUAAAAAUUUUUCGACAUACAUGAUUCAGCUUUACAUGUUUUUUUUGUUUUUCCUUGACACUGUGGCAGUGUCGCAAGCCUUUCUUUUUUCCAUUUUUGGGCGGCAGAUAAAAAUGUCAGUGAAAAAGCAAAUUACGGUACCCAGACAUGUCGGCUGGGGCUCGUUAGUCGAUAACAUCUGCAUGUUAUUACCACUUUUAACUGUGAAUCACGUUUGUUUCGUCACACGUUUGUUUUGUUUCAAUACAAGUAGGUAUCCAUGUCAAUCGUUACUUCAGUUCAGUGAGCGCUACUUAUUUUCAUAGUGUUAUUUUUGUAUUGUUAUCUCUGCUGUUUAUCUUAUUGAGCGAGUUUAUAUUUUUUCUCGAAUACAACCAGUA